AACGACUUUAACGACGAGCAGGGCGAGGUUCCCAAGUUUCGGCCUCCGAUCGGUGUCCAAUGGGACAUGUUACUUGGGGAGCACAGCCCGCCUUUUCAGUCGACCCAAACGCCACCCUUGCACUCUCCCCUCGCACUCUCCCCCACGCUCUCUUUCUCGCCUCCCCUCCUUCAGAACGACUUUUACGACGAGCAGGGCGAGGUUCCCAAGUUUCGGCCUCCGGUCGGCGUCCAAUGGGACAUGUCACUCGCGGAGCACAGCUUGCCAGACGGAAACUGCCACGUGGCAGUCGGCACAGCGCGCCGCCACUCCGUCAGCAGGGAGGGGGACGGGGUCUGGGGCCCUCUGGAGGUGGGGGAUGGGGCGGGCAUCAUCAAGCCUUUUGUGGAAGAAUUCUUCUUCUCCCACACCCCCACGUCUCGUUUCGGCUGCAUGGUGGGAUACGAUCCGGAAGGAGCAUUGCGUGCCUACGUGGUGGUCGAGGACUCACUAGACACCAAUGAACGCCGCCCCUCCGACUGGGUCUGGCCCACAUGGGGCCCGGGCGGCGUCCCGCCCCAGCUUCCCGACCACCUGCCGCCCGUUCCGGCACUAGAUGACAAGACGAUGGUGGGAACUCGCACCACUCUGACUCGCAACCUGAUGGUUCAGGAGCGAGAGAACGUGUCGUGGGCAGAGGAAUGGAGCCCCAACAGUACUGCCGCCGCCGCCGCAGCCGCUGCUUCUGCUUCAGAUGAAAAAUCUGCUGCUGCGGAUGCAGCAGCAGCUGGCCUUAUGGGCCGAGUGCCUGAGGGAGAUGAGGACCGGUAUGCGGUGUUUGCUCUGCCCCACGGGGUGGUGGUGUGCGCCCCUCGCUCCCCGCAGCUGGUGGCAGGGAGGCCGUUUGUGCUGUCGGUGUCGUGGGUGGUGGGGGAGGGCGAGGUGAAGCGGAUCACUGCCACUUGGGGGGCGAAUGGGGGCUUUGAGAAAGUGGAGGGCGAGUGGUACAGGAGACAGGCGUGA